GCGAUGUUGAAGACUUGAUAUCCUAAUACUUCCUGUCUUGGCGAAGGUUGUUAAUUAUGGUCUAAUAUAUAUGCUCUCUUUGUUGUCGGAGAACGCUCACAAAGAUGUUGUGCUUAUAGUUUAAGUAUGCAAGCAAAUUAUGCUAUUUCACCGCAAGAGAUACAUAGCGGUUUAACGUUUAAAAAUAAUGAUGUACUAUGAAUAAUUUCAUUGUUAACAGGUGGUUAAUUGUAGGUAGUCUUUCAGUGUUAAUAUCAUGUGUAGUUGCCGCUCGUUCGUCUCGCUUUCGUGGUCCUUUGAGCCGGAUCAUCUAUAGAGUGUCAAUUGAUUAUAGUAUUUGUAUUGAUUAAAAAAAUGCAAUAAUAGUAAUAAGUUAUAAUAGUAAUAAUAGGUAAUAAGUUCAUUCACUGGAUUACAGCCAGUACCAGAAGCAAAUAUAUACGUACAAAAAACAAAUAUACAAAAAUAAUAGUAUUCAAUCGUGUAAGAAUUUACAAAACAGUCGCUGGAUUUUUAAUAAACUCAACAAUAAGAUCACUAGUUUUUUUAGGUGCCCAGCUCCAUGUAAGGAAGUAGAAAAAAUAAAAAUUUUGACGGGUGUGUAGUAUUGCGGGCAUGACUUCACCCACAUCGCUAAGAACCUAGCCAAGCUUUUCCAAAACUAUGUAAGGUGGUCGACAUUUAUCCAAACAUCAAGCCCAUUGUUUGACCCAGUUAGCCAUAACUUUAUAGCUGUUUAAUUGGAUAAUGUAACCACUAGCACCCUCAUUGGUUGCGGAGGUUUGUGAAAAAAAUCGAUUAUAGUUAUUAGUUAUGUACGAUUGUCUGCUAACUAACAUUCCCGCCAAGAAAAGCAUUGAUGGUAAUUAGAGUUCAUUCAUUAAGGCGUAACAAAUACUCCUUCCAAGAUAACAGGUCUUCAGUCUAUCGUGCUAAUACGGUAUAGUUUUUCAUUGUUAGAAAUGAGGCGACGAGUUUUUUUUUUACUUCUGAAGCGAUAUUUUUCAUUGGAAAUAUGAGAGACGGACUCUGGUAUAGUUAGAGUGCUGCUAUUCUAAGGGUCCUGGCAAAAUCGAAACUUGCGAAUUCGAUUGCCCGAUGACGUUUAUCUCUGACCACUUGCCGGCAUCCAUGACAUCACUUCUCCUAAGACUCGCCUUAGUGGCCUCAUCCGGGAUAUUAUCUGCUUCGAUCACGUGUUCAGGAACAUGCGUAUUUUCAGCACAGGAAACCAAUGUAGUGGCAUCAUGCUACAGAUCCGCGUCGCUUGACGAAAUCAAGAAGGAUAUCAGCCCAACAGAAAAUAUUACUGAACUGACGGUGGCUUUCAGCAACAUCUCUACAAUAACGGGUGGCGUCUUCGCCGGCUUCACUGCACUGCGUAACCUGUCUUUGACGUUUAACAACAUCCAUACAAUCCGAGCGAGAGGGUUCGCUGGACUGAACAAACUUGAAUGCCUAAAUAUGAGUGAUAAUCGGAUUUCUACGUGGGAGAUCGACCGAGACACUGAGCUGAGGUCGCUUGUUGUGCUGGACAUCUCUGGUAACAAGGCCCUCAGCAAUACCUUACCCCCAUUCAUACUCACUCUUCCGUCACUAAGAACCGUCCAUGGCGUGACACUGAAUGACAACUGUCAAUCAUGUACGCUAGUAAAAAACUACGUCAUAAAGAAUCCUGAGUACUCUAACGAAAUAACCAACAUUGAGACUGAGAACCUGAAACAACGAUCAUACUUGGUCGGCAAGAGAUCGCACUGUAGGAAAACUAGACACGAUGUUCAUAACAACACCGCGUUUAUCUCAAGCUUUGGUUACUUUCCCUUGUGUUUGAUGAACAGCAAGGCGUGUUUCGCGUCCCAAGUCACCCAGACAGAAGAACACUUGUGCUGGGAUACAGAUAACAAGGUCCUGAACAUCGAGUACGUCAUUGCGGUAACGGGCGUGGUCCUUAACUUCACCGUGGUCUUCAUCACUUUGUGGAUGAAGCAGCUACGUGGAAACGCGACUUUAUUACUGGUAGCCAACAUGGCGGCGAGUGACUUCCUUAUAAGCUCCUACGCAAUCAUACUUACCACCCUACGAAAGAUGGCGUAUAGUGAAUUCAUAGGGAUUUUCACCGGAGCGUGCUCAGUUUUGGGCUACGUCUGGCUUACCAGUCAGUUCGUGUCAGUCAUCUCAUCAGUGCUUGUUACCAUUGAACGUUUUCUUGUGAUUGUGUUCUGCCAGAAGCCUCAGUUUCGCAUGAGUGUCGUGACAGUUCGUCGCCUGAUUGUUGCCGCGUGGGGCAUGGGCACGACAGUAGCCCUGUUCCCGCUUGUGGGUAUCGGGACAUACGCGGGGAACACGUUUUGUGUACCUAUAGAUCCGUCUAGAGAGAACCCAUACACAUUCCAUUUUAGCACAUCUCUCACCCUCUUCGCUAUAAUUCUAUACCUAAUCACUAUUCCACUUUACAUCAAGAUAUUCCUGUUUGUCCGGUCAAACCAGUUGCAACGUGGUGUCAGGAAGGAAGGUGCCCUUGCAAAGAAGAUCGCCAUCUUGGUAUUGAGUAACAUGGUGUUCUUUUUCCUUCCGGUGUUUUUCGCGGCGCUUUUACUGCUAGCCCCAAAGAUGUUCGAGGAUUUCUCCAUGAUAAACAUGAGCCUGCUCACGGCGACUGUCCCUACCAUCCUGACUAGUAUAAAUGCCAUGUGUAACCCCCUCUUGUACGCAUUCAGACACGGGCACUUCAUCCGAGCGCUCAAGAUCUGUUUGGGUUGUACACACAGCCUAGAUACGUUCAGGGAGCAUUCCUCCUCGUUUGGAUCUACAUCACAGAAAAUGGAAGCGCGCAAACAGACGAACUGUAGUGGGUGAUGCGACGGAAACUAGAAGAGCGCAAACAUACAAAUUGUGCCGUGAUGUGACAAAAAAUGAAAUCGCGCUAGCAAACGAAUAGUAGUGGGUGGUGUUACCCUUACAGCUGGAAGCGCGCAAACAAACGAAUCGAAGUGUGUACACAGAUGAUGAUAUUGUUCUGUUGGGUAUAGAAAUAAAAGCAGCCUAAACUCUA